UGACAGCGACACCGGGCGCGGGCUCCGGGCGCGGCGGCCGCCCCGGAGCAGGGACACGGACACCUCUGGCAUCUGGCACCCUGCCACCCAGCCGUUGCGCCAUGGCCAGGCUCCUGGUGCUGCUCCUGCUCUUCGGCCUCGGCCCUAACGUCUGCCUCGCCAAGAAGGGCAAGGGCAAGCCGGGCGGCUGGGGCGCUGGGCGCCAGCCCAGCUACCCCCGCCAGCCCAGCUACCCCCACAACCCCGGCUACCCCCACAACCCCGGCUACCCCCACAACCCUGGCUACCCCCACAACCCCGGCUGGGGACAGGGCUACAACCCGCCGAGCGGGGGCGGCUACCACAACCAGAAGCCCUGGAAGCCGCCGAAGGCCAAGACCAACCUGAAGCACGUGGCCGGCGCGGCGGCGGCGGGCGCCGUGGUGGGUGGCCUGGGCGGCUACGUCAUGGGCCGCGCCAUGUCGGGGAUGCAUUAUCACUUUGAYAGCCCCGACGAGUACCGCUGGUGGAACGAGAACGCGGGCCGCUACCCCAACCGCGUCUACUACCGCGACUACAGUGGCCCCGUGACGCAAGACGCCUUCGUGGCCGACUGCUUCAACAUCACUGUAACCGAGUACAACAUCGGCCCCACUGCCAAGAAGGGCAACGCCUCGGAGGCCGGGGCGGAUGGCGGCAACAAGACGGAGAGUGAGAUGGAGACCAAGGUGAUGACGAGCGUGAUCCGGGAGAUGUGCGUGCAGCAGUACCGCGAGUACCGCCUGGCCUCAGGCGGGCGGCCUCACCUGGCCGCGGCCUUGCCCCAGCUGCUGGUCCUCCUUGCCGUCCUCCUCGCCAUGCCGUGAGGCAGCCGCUCGGCCCAGCRGCCUCUCCUCCUUGCUUGUGUCUGUCCUUGGUGAAGUACCGUGAGAUCCGUUAGCACUAACGAGCACUGAWAACGUCUUGGAGGCGCCAGGCGGACGUCGUAGACACUCGAGAUGCCAGUAGUCCUCCUCCGAAGCUCUUUCUGGUUGUCUCCAUGGAAGCUCUGCAUCUGCAUACUGUUCAGGGCCAAAAGUCAAUGGGAUGCAAGUUCAAGGUGAAAUUUUAAUUAGUGGUCCUCUUCUAAAGCUGUUCCUCUUUAUCUCCUUGGAGGUUUUACGUACCAUUCAUGGCCAAAAAGCCAACGGGAUGCAAAUUUGGGAUGCAAUUUUAGUUAAUGAUCUUCCAAAGCUGUUCCUAGUUAUCUCCAUGGAGGCUCUACACAACAUUCAUGGCCAAAAGUCCACAGGUUCAAGUUUAAGAUACAAUUUUAGUUAGUGGUCCUCUCCUAAAGCUGUUCUGGGCAAUAUCCAUGGAGACUCUACAAAUCAUUCAGGGCCACAAGUAAACAGGACUCAGGUUUAGGAUGCAAUUUUAAUUAGUGUUCCUCUUCCAAAUCAUCCCCAGUUAUCUCCAUGGAGACUUCACGAACCAUUCACAGCCAAAAGUCAGCUGGAUGAAAACUUAAGAUGCGAUUUUAGCUAGUGGUCUUGUCCCAAAGCUAUUCCCAGUAAUUUCCAUGGAGGCUCUACAAACAACGUGGCAGUGAAAGUCAAUGGGACUCAAGUUUAGGCAAGCUUCACUCCGGAUUCACUCUCGUGCCUCGUUUGUCCAUGUCGGCGCAAGGCGAUGGCCAGUUAGGGAGGCAGACACAGGAGGAAGGGGCCUUCAGCCUGCGUUGUCCUCUUCCUCAGAGUGCCGUGGGAAAUCCUCUUUGCUAACAGGCGACCUUUUAGCUAAUCUGCUUACUAUCAGCGAUGCUAAAAUACCCUUGCCCGGGAACCGGUUUCGAGCAUCACUCUGGGUACUGGUGUGCCACACCGCUGGUUUUGGAUGGAAGAAGGCAAGGAUGAACAGAAGACUCUCAGAUUGCAAAGUCACAAGCYGUCCUUUCACCUUUUGCAGGCUGAUUCCCCCCAAAACCACCUCCCGCAUGUGCACAGGAACCAGCCCCGCUCCUUGCUUUGGAUUCCAGGAGAUGGGAAAAACAUCAGGAUGCUGGAAGACCACCUUUUGCAAGCAAUCUGUUGGCUAUGCGGUGCUCCAGCUCCUCUGGCUAAUGCAAAGGGCCUGUACAUAGCCUGUAGCUAUAUGUACAUCUUGACGUAAAGCCGGCAAGUACCUAAUAUAUAUCGUGUAUUUUUAUUAUAUUUCUUUUUGCAAAGCACUGGAUGACACCAAAACCGCCCUAAGCCCUUUUUGCUUCAGUGUAAGCUCAAUG